AUGAAACGACAGCCGAGGGCGGCGCUCGUGCCGGCGCGGGCGAUCGCUACCAAUGCUGCCAGUGCCAGUGCUUCCAAUACGGCUGCCAAUGCUACCAGUGCUGUUCCUGCGGUCACUGCCUUUGGAGGAAGUCUUUCGACCCAAGGCGUUUCACUUCGCGGUCACGGCGGGCACGGCAACAGGGUAAAACAAUCCUACAUCAACGUAGCGAAAGCGCCCACCAUACAUGCUGUCUGCGAAGUCAUCGACAGGCCUAAGGCUUGGAGAAAAGCAGCGAGCUUCCGGUCCAAGGGCACGUUAUAGGCAAUUUGUGUGUCAUAAUCAUACCGUUGGUCGCAUCUAAUUUUCAUCCCCCACCCCUCUUUCGUCAAAUUUGCCCUGGCUCUCAUUCUCGCCGGUUCCUUCGGUUCCUUCACCACGAACCACAAACGUUAGACCGGAGUAUCAUCGGCAAGGGUACUUCGUCACUCCGGACGAGGACUCCGUGGCCACGAGGUGCACCCUAUCCGCCCGUUUCACGCUACCCCGCCGCUCACCUUUGGGGUUGCGAUGAUCUACUACUCUCACUCCCGUAGGUCGAAAACGUCGGUUGAGAAACCCUUAGAGGUGUUUCUAGAGUCUGGUGAGUAUCCAAGCUUGCAGGCUCGGAAGUCGUGCACAGACGAGUUCAUUAAGAUUUCUUCAAUCGCAAGGUACCAGACCAGCACACGCGACGUUAGUAGACAAGUACACAUGACGUCGGAUAACACCCCCGUGUUUUGCUUGCCUACGACCCCGUGCUUGCACGACAACAAGGUUCCUGCUGAUCGGCCACACGUCAAGUUUCCGCUUGGCCAAUGGUGACUUGGCGGCCGAAGCGGCAGCACGGCACGCCAGCAUUCACCAGGCCCUAUAGCGUCAUCGUCAACGAAUGGCACUAUUGUAGUGAUGCCGGCUCUGAGGACCGGCGUUGGUACCGAUUUUCGUCCCGCACCAUCGACGAUGUCGGCGGUGGUGGACCACAGGGCUACCAAUAGCCUGCACUGC